AUGUCCGACGAGGAAGAAGCCCCACUCCCCGCAACCAUCGAGAUCAACAACAACGGCGUUCUCAUCCGUAACAUCGAAGCCAUGAUGAAAGAGUUGGGAUUGCCCGACCCUGAUCACCACGCCGCCAAUGUGAACGCCGAUGCUGAAGUCGUGGCAGCAAGGAGAUUAGUUGCGGAAAUGAAGGAGCUGCAGGAGCUUGCGGAAGAACGUUUGGGAUUGCCCGACCCUGAUCACAACGCCGCCAAUGCGAACGCCGAUGCUGAAGUCGUGGCAGCAAGGAGAUCAGUUGCGCAAGCGAAGGAGCUGCUGAGGCUUGCUGAUGAACGUUUCCAUCGUGUGCAUGAUAUAUCCAUUGCUCUGGGUCAGGAAAAGGGUAGGAAGAUUGGAGCCUUGCGUACGCUGAUGAAGAAGACUAAAGAGGCUAUGAAGAAGACUAAAGAGGCUAUGCGGGAGGAGGGGUGGACAGAUCUUGGGGAGGCAAGUGAAGAACAUGGUGACAGCUCUGAUAGUAGCUGA